AGGGCUUGUCCCAAUUAAUCAAACUAAAUCAGUCUAUUUUUUUUUUUUUAUUAUUUAUCUUUUUAAAAAAAUAAAGCAAAGUCAUAUUCCCAGUUUCACACCCACCUGAACCACGCCACCACCAUCACGUCACCAUCGUCACAACCACCACAAUCAUCACAGCCACCAUCUCUCCACCAAAACCCAUCACAACUACCACCAUCUCUCCUUCUUCCCUCGUCGUCUUCCCCUUCUUCUUCCUUCCUCAACCCCUCAACACUGCUUCGCGGCGGAACAAAACAAAACCCUAGUAACAAAGAGUGUUAAGUAUGGCCAUAUCAAGUUAUCAACCCCUUAGGUGAGCAUCUUAUUCGCGGCAGCAAUUUUAACCACCUUAGAUGAUGGAAAUGGGGGAGGCAAUGAUGGAGUUAGCUUGACUGUUAGAGGAUAGAGAAACCAACAAUGGAGGAAAUUUGAGAUUAGAAAGAGGAAGAAAGAUGGAAAAUUAGUAUGUUGCCCACAAACUAAUUGAUAAAAUGACCAUUAUAUCCAUUGAUAUACCAACUCCGUAUAUUAGACUGAUUAACUUGUAUUUUUUCGUUGUAAAAAAUAAUGUUUCUUACUUCUUUUUUAUUUAAAAAAUAAAAAUUACGUAAGGUUUACUUCUAGGAGUUCAAGUCAUUGAACAAUUAAACCUUUUUCUAUGGUUCAAUUAUUUUCCAACCUCUAAAUAAAUUUACCCAAACCCUCAACCACCACUCCCCCUUUCCUUCCUAAAAAAGAAAAAAAAAAAAGGAAAGAAAGAAAGAGGAGUGUAGAAAAGAAGAAAUCUUUGAGCUGUCAGUUCUAAUUGUAUUGUCUUCAAAGGAGAAAAUUGAAUUUCUGGGUUGAAUUUGAUUUCUGGAUUGAAACUAAUUCAAGAUUCAAAUGUCGUGGGCCGGUCCUGAAGAUCUGUAUCUUUCAACUUCUCUCGCCAGUUAUCUCGACAGAAAGAUUCUUGUUUUACUACGAGAUGGAAGAAAACUCUUAGGGACACUUUGUUCAUUUGAUCAAUUCGCAAAUGCUGUUCUUGAAGGUGCAUGUGAAAGAGUCAUUGUUGGUGACCUUUAUUGCGACAUCCCAUUAGGUUUAUAUGUAAUCCGUGGGGAGAAUGUGGUCUUGAUUGGUGAGCUGGAUGCGGAAAAAGAGGAUCUCCCCCCUCAUAUGUCACGUGUAUCAGUUGCUGAGAUCAGAAAGGCACAAAAAGCAGAGAGGGAUGCCUCUGAUCUUAAAGGCCUAAUAAGAAAGAGGAUGGAGUUUCUCGAUAUGGACUGAAACUUAUUGUUGGUGUUCAGAGAGUUGUUUUUCCUUGUCAACACCAUGCCACAUCGUCUGCUAGUCGGUCUGAAUAUUCAAAAGACCAAGAUUUUGCAAUGGAUGAUGUGCCACGGUAUUAGCAAGCAUUGUUGCUUAGAAGCUAAUCUGUACAAGAUUGUGUAGAAUUAACAAUUAUUAGUUGAUGGCUGUUUAAUAUGGUCCUAAAUUACAUCCUGGGAGUGUUAAAACUCCCGUUUUAUUUCCCUGUUGGUUCAUUUCUUCGAUUUAACGAGCACAGAUGAGUGCCUGAACCUUUAUUUAACCUUCUAGUAUACUGGAGUAGGCUCUCAUUUACUUCA